CAAACGGUGCGCUUCGUUUUACUAGAAAAUGAUCGCACCCGCUUUCUGUGCGUUGACGCGUGUCGCGCGCAGUUCCGUUUCGCAUUUACAAAAAGUAGUGCGUCGUUAUUUGAGCGCCUCCGUGGAGGAGGGUAAAUAUGUUUUAGUGCAACGGCAUAAAUCGUGUGAUAAUGCAAUUAUGAAAUUUCCGAGUGUGUGGCUACGUGACAACUGCUACUGUGAGCAGUGCUACCAUCACAGCUCAAAGUCGCGUCGCAUCGAUUGGGAUCGCUUCGGUACUGAAGUGGUGGCUCUCGAUGUUCAGGUUGAUUCGGUUGCUGAGCAAGUUGUGAUUAAGUGGAGUGAUCAGCAUACUUCCACUUAUGAUCUGAAGUGGCUGCGCGAGCGUGAAUUCAGUGAUGAGCGCAGACAACGGUAUUUGAAUGGAUUUUAUCGGCCAAAACCAAAACAUUGGGCCGGUCAGCAGUUCAAAGAAAUCACGGAAACUUUCAAAUUUCAAGAUGUGAUGCAAACAGAUGAGGCUCUACAACAAUGGCUUGAGGCACUAGCAGUACGCGGUGUGGUCAUCAUCGAAGACGCGCCACUGGAAAACACGGUUGUACGUCAAUUAGCCGACCGUGUGGGUUUUAUACGACGCACCACCUACGGCGAAGAGUUCAUUGUGCAGGCGAAACCAGGCGCUAAGAACUACGCCUACCUCUCCGAUCCGCUGCCGCUGCACACGGACCUACCCUACUAUGAAUACAAGCCGAGCGUGAAUAUAUUGCACUGCGUGGUGCAGUCGCAGUCAGUUGGCGGCAGUAAUCUGUUAGUCGACGGAUUUCACAUAGCCGAUCGCUUGCGCGACGAACACCCAGCGGAUUACCGUAUACUAACGGAGACGCAGGUCGAUUGGAAUGAUAUCGGCAGUGAGGAUGGGCGGAGUUUUCACAAUAUCUGGCGCGCGCCGGUGAUAUGUUUAGACAGUGACGGAAAUUACACGCGUAUAAAUCACAGCAUUCCGCAGCGCGACAGUCAUUUCUCCGUGCCGCUGCGCGCCGUCAUACCCUGGUACCAGGCCUACGCCAAGUUUGUGCGUUUGGCGCGCCGCGACGCUUUUGCAUUUAAAACGAAACCCGGCGACGUUUUGACUUUCAAUAAUAUUCGUCUGCUGCACGGUCGCACCGGGUACGAUGACUCCGAGCAGAAUGUACGGUACAUUGUGGGCGCCUACCUCGACUGGGACAUCAUCUAUUCGAAGCUGCGCGUAUUGAAGAGCGCACAGGCGGAAAGCCUCAAUGUUGGCAGCGCGCUGCAGCAGUAGCACCACCAACAACAACAAAAUGCAUUACAUAUUUUUAUAUAUAAAAAGUCAUGGCAGCUGGCGGCCUAACUGCUGUUGGCAAAACCACAACGUUGACGUGUACGACGAAGGCGACAAUUGGCACACUAACUCCUUCAGCGCGCAACUGUCAAGGAGCGGGCAACAACCGGCGCAGCAGCACCAGAAACAGGAAUUGCUGCUGCAGCCUCUCUCGUCCUAUAACGGUUCUUGUGGUGCAAUGCUUUCUAUUAUCAACUUUUUUUCUGCUGCCAACAGUGCCUUCAUUAUUUUUCGAUUCCUCUUUGGCUUGGCGCUUUGCUCCGUAGUUGUUGCUGUUGUGUUUGCAUGUCUUUUCGAGUUUUAUUGAUUUUUAAUAAAGUGGCGCGCAGCAGGCGACCGGAAGUUGUGGUGACAUUAAAGCGGAUAAUUUACUUGCUUUCACACUUGACUUAUUAUCAAUUUAAGGCGUUAACGCUGAGUGAUGGCACUUUACAUUCCCUGUAAUUAUUCUAAAUUUGAUUGUAAUUGUAAAAACAAGGGUACUUUUAGGCAAUAAAAUUAUCGAUUUGUAUUAGUAAGAA